GGGUUAUUAUAGGAUCCAGCAUCAGCAUCUUUUUAUUCAUCUUUUCGCUCCCAACUGUUGGUUCAGUAACCUUUUCUUUUCGAAGAUGAAGUUGUCCAUCGCACUAAUUUUUUUGUCUGGUUUGUCCCUUACACUCGCUGCAUCUAGGUCCAAGCGUGCAGCCUACGAGCUUCCAGAUGGUGCAGAACUCAUUGUUGGAGCAGUGAGAACUUCCUUCGUCUGCAGCAAUGACGGCUAUUACGCUGAUGUUGACAAUAACUGCCAAAUCUUCCAUGUAUGCCACACAGUUGUCAACAUGGACGGAUCAUCCGAGAUGCUACAAUGGUCCUUCUUCUGCGGCAACCAGACCGUCUUCAAUCAGUUCUCAUUCACUUGCUCUUAUCCAGAGGAUGCUGUCCCAUGCGGUAGUGCCAGAGAUUUCUACUAUCUUAAUGCCAACCUGGGUGCUGGGCCCAACGUACCUUUCCAUAACGAACAGGACGUUGCCAGGGCAGUUGCAGUGACACCAGGACGUGCAGCUCAACCGAUCUACGUGCCACCAGCAAUCUCUCAGCCUCGUCCUCCUGCAAGAGGAAGUGGUGGAUUCAGAGGUUAAAAUACGACAUCCGAUUUAUUUCACUCACUUGUGUCUUUGGUACGCACAGCUUAGGAACUAUGUAUAUUUUGUAAUUUCUUGUGUUUUUAAUGUCUUGUCAGGACUAGGUCAUCUAAAAAUCUGCUACAAUUAUGAAGUGAUGUACUUGUAUGUAUGAUUGCUUUUAGUUGGCAUUAGUUCUGUUGUUGUAAAUGUGCAUGAAUAAAAUUGCAAUAAAGGGU